AUGCAUCAGUCAUCGUUGCAUUUGCUUCGUAUGGGAGAUGAUGGCCGACCGUUCGAUAAGGACUUUAAAGAUAUCUUCUCUACGCUCAUUGUCAGCCUUCUCCCUCUCUCGGCCCACCGUGUCCGGUUGACAAAGGUUGAGUACACUUUCCUCUCCCAAAACGCUAUCAGCAACCUUAUGUAUCUCAAAUUCACUCAAUCCAAUCGCCUACCCGAUCCUAAGGAUUCUUCUCGUAUUAUCAACACAACCACCGCCAUCACAUUCUCAAUGUCUAAGGAAGUGGCUCGCUCUAUCUGUCAAUGCUUCGUUGACGCCCGGCUUAUUGAAUCGGCCGAUGGUAAGCACCAGCAGGUGUAUACCAUAAAAGGAUCUGUUUGGCAACUAACACCGAAGGGAAUCACUAUACUAGACCGUUUCUGCGCAAGAAAUGGCAUCCAGAAAAAGCAAGUUUCUGAACUUGUUAAUCUUAAAGCGACGCGGCUUGUUCUCCUUGAACGAGACUUACAAACUGACAAACUUCACUAUGAUCAAGGCACUAUUGAGAUCGUCUUUCGUCGACUCAUCGGUGCCGAUAGCUGUAAUGCUAUGUCAAGCGUGGCAGCUGCUGAUUCAAGCUCGAUACUCGAAUAUAGGGACAGUAUCACUGAGGUCAAGCCUUCUGCGGACCUCAAGGCCAAUGGAAAGAUCUACAACGAUACUUUCCCCGGCAAGGCUAUAAUCGACUGGCUAAUGAACUAUACCACCAUUAUGGAAGAGCGCGAAGCCGUUGCGGUUGCCACUCGUUUCAUGGACUACAACCUAAUAGAUCGUGUGACCAAGGACAGGGCAUAUACUUUCCAGAACUCAGCCGCUGGGAACAAUAUCUUCCAUUUCAGCAAGCAUGCUUUCUAUCAAUUAACGCAACGAUCAAAACGCCUCAUCAAUGGCUCAAGUUCACCACGACAGUCUCCAGAGACGGAGCACUAUACUAGCUACCAACGGAACAGUAUCUUCAUGGAUUCCAACACGCAACGGCUUGACAAAAUCCUGACAGAUCCGUCAGUGCGACUUCUCUUUCGCGAGCAAUCCCGAGACACAUAUUGCGAGGAGAACCUGACAUUCUACCAAGACGUGGAUGAGUUCAUACGGAAUAGUAAGGUGGCUACGCGCGCUGCCCGUAAGGAACUCAAUAUGACGACAAAGGCCGGCAUCAAUGAUAGUAUAGCUCAAGCGUAUAGAAUCUAUCAUGCUUUCCUUGCUUCUGGCUCACCUUGCGAGCUUAAUAUUGACCACCAGCUGCGAAACAGUCUUACAACGCGGAUGAGUAAGGCUGUAAGUCAGGACGCUACCAUAAUCGACACUGUUGAAGAAGUGAUAUUUUUAUUCGAGGAAGCUCAAGAGGUUGUAUUUAAAUUAAUGGCCAGUGACUUGGUGCCAAAAUUUCUGAGCAACCCUAAGUACCAGCAGAAAUUGAGAACCCAUAAUUUUGGCGUCGUUGGAAAUGGUCCUCAGUGGGAGUAG